AUGCCUCUGAGAGGUCGUUUGUCGCGAGAAGAAAAAGGGAAGGGCGUCGCAGAUUCUCCGAGUCCGACCAGAGAUGCACGGGUAGCAGACAGUCCACCGGAUGAUUUCGACUUGAUUCAUCGCGACGCUCUUCGGGAUUUAGACAAUAUGACCUUAUCUCAAUGCCUUUUGGUCGCUGAGGCUCAUAAGAUGAUCCGUGAUGAAUGCGCGGAUCGCGUUGAAGUCGGGAGCAGUGACGUGAGCGGUAGCGGCUCUGAAGCGUCUAGCCAAGCCUCAAGAUCUUUGAUACGAGCUAGUCAGGAGAUUCCUUUAGACCAGAUAGACUGCCAUCCCACGAUCUAUCAUCCUGACGGGAUCUUCGAAGAACUCGGCCCACUCCCGUCCGAAUUGCUUCGUGACCCGCGGGCUCAGUCAUGGGGGAAUGUCUUCGAUUCUUGCUCCUCUCACAAGACGGUGAGGGAUUUAUUGAGGCGAAGUGGAGGUGCCGGCGUUACAUACAUCAUUCCUUCCAAGGGACAGCGUCCUUGGUCGCCUCCGAUUGGCUAUCAGUGUGUCUACGAGUCCUAUUUUGGAGACCAUACGAAGCUCUGGUUUCCAAUUCCCCGACUGAUCACGUCGUACGCAUUCCGUCGGGACAUCGCCAUCUGUCAGUUGCUUACCGGGUCGCUGCGCAUCGCGGUUAGGCUAAUGGUGAUGGCAGCGGAGAUAGAUGUUUCGAUGAGUGUGAGAGUAUUCGAAGAGUUAACUUUUACGAAGGCGGAGCCACAUGGAAUAUUUUCAGUGAAGAUGCGCUCGAGCUACAACGUCUUGGCCGGGCACCCGAACAAGACGAAGGACUGGCAGUGCUCAUAUUUUUACGUCAAAUCUGACGAGCAUGCCUUCUCGGAGCCACCUGGGGACGACUACCGCGUUCUAUGGAACAAAACGCUUGUUCGUCACCCGAAUACGAUCGCAUACCCGGAGAAAUUCUUCGAGAGUGCUCAGGCGAUCGCGGCUCACAACCAUCUCCGUUGGCCUGAUCUUAGUCGAGAGUGGAUAAGACGUCAAGAAGCUCGGAUUGCUAGAGUUGAUUGGGAAUCGAGACUUCCUGUUGUACUCGGGCCCCGUAAGUUGCGUCUGUCCCUUUUUACUCGGAAACAGCAGAAAAUUCUAGACGAAGCUAGAAAGAUGGACGGAGUGCCAGAUUUGAGUGCAUUGUUGAAGGGGAAGCUGCAAUUGCUUUCGAAGAAGUCAAUUCCUGCCGAUGUGCAAGGGUCGACCAGUUCUGACGCAGGCCGAGCUUCCAAGGAAGGAGCUCCUGGUUUAGUCGACAAAGACGUUGGGGCGGAGCCUCCUGCCUCGAGUCCUAGAAGAAGAAGAGGUUUGGAAGCAAGGAAGGGAGAGAGAGGAAGGAAGAGACCUUACGAAGGGGCUACUUCCUCCAUUGAUCACGGCGAGGCGCCGGCAGAAGGACGAGAAGGCGCUACAAGGGGUUCAGUCGAGUCUGACCAUUCCGAAGCGGCGCCUGAAGAUCGUCCCAGAAAGAAGAAGAAGAAGAAGUCCAUCGAGGCAGAGCCGCGUCCUUCUGAUGUGGAGACGGGCCUCGUCGAAGUUGUCGCGGGAGGCGACGUUUCUCUUGAAACCCCUCCUGAGGAGAGAGAGGUCUCAUGA